CAUUCACUAUGGUAUUUGCUAUCUUUAGAACUAUGUAUUAUUUCUUUCUCUACAAUGUUGUCGCUUUUACAGGGAGUAAAAGCACGAAAAUAUUUAUAUGACAUGAACAAACUUGCUUGAUGACAACUUUGCUCAGUCAAAUACUUAUUAUCUAUCAAUUACGUAUUUACAGAAGUCUUGAUUUGAACUACAUUUAUGCGUUUAUUUGCUAAACCUAGUCUUCCCCAAUGUUGUUUUCUUCUUAUUUCAGACAUCCUAAUGUAAUUAUAUUGACAACAUCGAACAUAACUAGAGCCAUAGACGUUGCGUUCGUGGACAGAGCCGACAUCAAACAGUAUAUUGGUCCGCCAUCAGCCAAAGCUAUUUACAAAAUUUACCAUUUGUUUACCAGUAUCAUAUCACCAGCCACUCAAAUUUUGGAUUUAAGCUUUGUCGACAACGAUGUAACACACUGUAGUCUUGAAUUAAAGAAGAUAGCCGAAAAAAGUUAUCAACUAAGUGGUCGAACUCUUCGUAAACUACCAUUCCUUGCACAUGCGCUGUAUUCGAAAGCGCAAACGAUAACCUUAGAAGAGUUUUUGAAUAAUCUUUCAAUGGUUGUCGACAAGCAGUUCAAAGAAAAGAGAAUCUUUGCUCAGUUGGUGAAGAAAAAGCGUGCAAACGUGAUCUUUUAG